AUGGCCUUCGUCGUCUCCCGCUCGGCCCUGUCCGUCUCCGCCGUCGCCACGCCCUCGGGCAAGCGCGCCGCCGCCUCGCGCGUCGUGCCCCGCGCGGCGCUCAACGACAGCGCCCCCAAGCUGUUCCGCGCGAGCGGCGCCGACGCGCCGGCGCAGGCUGCGGCCGGCGCGCCGGCCGCGGUGGCGACGCCGUUUGAUGACUACCGCUUCGCUCCCAUCCGCGAGGCCACCGUGUCUCGCGCCAUGACCAGCCGCUACUUCAAGGACCUCGACACCUACGCUGAGGCCGACGUCGUCAUCGCCGGCGCCGGCUCCGCGGGCCUGGCGUGCGCCUACGAGCUGUCCAAGCUCGCCCCCGACGCCAAGAUCGCCAUCAUCGAGCAGAACGUGUCCCCCGGCGGCGGCGCGUGGCUGGGCGGCCAGCUCUUCAGCGCCAUGGUCAUCCGCAAGCCCGGCCAGGCCAUCCUUGACGAGCUGGCCGUGCCCUACGAGGACGAGGGCGACUACGUGGUUGUAAAGCACGCCGCCCUCAUGACCUCCACCCUGCUCUCCAAGGUCCUGCAGGCGCCCAACGUGAAGCUGUUCAACGCCACCGCGGUGGAGGACCUCAUCGUGCGUGACGACGCCGUCAGCGGCCGCCGCAUCGGGGGCGUCGUCACCAACUGGACCCUGGUGACCCUCCACCACGACACCCAGUCCUGCAUGGACCCCAACGUCCUGGAGGCCAAGGUCGUGGUGUCGACCUGCGGCCACGACGGCCCCAUGGGCGCGCACUCCGUCAAGCGCCUGGCCAAGCUCGGCAUGGUCGACGAGAUCCCCGGCAUGGCUGCCCUGGACAUGAACGCGGCCGAGGACCGCAUCGUCGCCAACACCCGCGAGGUGGUGCCCGGCAUGGUGCUCGCCGGCAUGGAGCUGUCUGAGAUCGACGGCUCCCCCCGCAUGGGCCCCACCUUCGGCGCCAUGUUCGUGUCCGGCCAGAAGGCCGCCCACGUGGCCCUCGGCGUGCUGCGCCGCCGCCAGGCCCAGGAGGCUGCCGCCAAGGCCGCCACCAACGCCGCCGCUGAGGCGCUGGCUGCCUGA